AUGUAUUAUUAUUUUAACUGGUUUAGUUUUAAAGGAAUAGUACUAUUAUUUAUUUUUACUACUUUAAAUCAUUCUGUUAAAAGUAUUAUUUUAAAUGAGUUAACAGAAAAGCCACAUCUACAUAAUGUUAUUGAAGCUGGAAAAUUUACAAUUUAUGUUCAUACAUUAAAUGAAUCACCAUUUUCGUAUGCUUUAGGUGAUGUUUAUGUACAUUUAAAUGUUCCUAGAGAUAAGUAUACAAUUUUUAUUGGUGAAAGUUAUGAUGAAAUAAGGAAACAAUAUGUGGAUCAUACAAAUAAUUUAAUAGACUUUCAAAGUUUUCUUAAAAGAAAUUCUAAUUUUACCGGUCUUCCUUUAACAAAAAAAUCUUAUAUUGGUAUUCUUAGCGAUGUAAAUUAUAGUAUCAAGGCUAUCCAUUUGAGGUACAACUUUUAUAGAUUUGUAGCAUUUUUUGUUGGAAUUUUUUUAUUUUACAAAGCAAGGGAUAUUGUUAAGACGGAGACAUUUUUUUAUUCAACUGGUAUUGCAACAGGAUUAUUUAUUUCAAUAUUUGUAGUAGUAUUUAUUAUGUAUCGUUUUAUGCCUAAAAAAACCUCAGCAACAGUUAUGUAUUUUGGUGGAUGGGGUUUUGUGUCAUUUGUUUUAUCAAUUUUCUGGGAUGAAAUCAAAUCCAUGAUUUAUAAUAACUUUUUGUAUUUUCAAUUUUAUGUCGGAAUUGUUGUUAUAUUAGUUUUAGCAAUAUUUUAUAAAAAUGGUCCACCACAAAAUGUAAGGACUAUUAAUUUAAUUCAAUGGAGCUUUCAACUUAUAUCAUUAUUAUUGGUAUUUUUUUCCUCUCAAUUACUAUCUUUUUCAAUUACAAUUUUGAUAAUACUUUUGAUUUUAAAUUUUUUGCUUUCACCGGCAAAAGUUAUUGCUGGAAAAUUAAAUGUGACAAGGAAAAAAUUGUUUCCAAGUCCUAUAAAACCAAGACAAUUUUUAACUAUGGAAGAAUAUGAUAAAGAAGGUGAAGAUUAUACCAGGCAAGAGUUGGAAAAACUAAGAAAAUUUUGUUCCAGUCCAGAAGCUGAUGCAUGGAGAAUAGUUAGUAGGAUAAAGGAAUCCAAGAAAUUGGCAGAAUUUGUACAUGAUGAUGAAGAUCCUGUUACAUAUAUUGGUUUCAGAGAGGAUGACUUUGACACUGAUAGUAGUGAUGAUUUCAGUGAUGAAUUUGUACAGGAACAAAUAGAAUUAUUAAAGACUAGUUUAAAAAAGAAAGCAGCUAAAAAACAAAAGUAUCCAUAUAGAAGAUAUAAUAAUGAUGUUGAGGAUGAUAUCUAA